AAAGGUAGGCAGUUAUGUAUUUAGUAAUCGAACACGGAACAUCAUUAUGAUUUUGUCUGAUUGGGUUACAAGUAUACUGCAGUAUUUUGGUUUUAUCAACAGGAAAUGCAACUUGCUUAUCCUCGGACUACACGACUCGGGAAAAUCUACUCUUCUGAGUCGGCUGAAGCAUGAUCGUCUAGUUCAACACUCACCAACAGUUCAUCCCUGGGAUGAAGAGUUUACCAUUGAUAACGUGACAUUCAAAGGGUAUGAUCUAGGAGGUCACAUAUUAGCACUACGUUUUUGGAGAAGAUACAUACCAGCAGUUGAAGGUAUAGUUUUCGUUGUUGAUGCUUCAAACUCACAGUUACUACCAGAGGCUAGACAAGAAUUAGAUAGUAUCCUCACAGAUGAAGAUUUGUAUGAUGUACCGGUUCUUCUUCUUGGUAACAAAGCAGAUAAAACAGGUUGCUAUGGUAAAGAACAACUCAUCAAGGAGCUAGAAAUAGACCAACAUAUAUCUAAUAAUAUAAAUGCAGAUGAGAAAUCCAGCAUCAGACCAUGUACCUUAAUUAUGAGCAGUGUAGUUCAACAAACUGGAUAUGGUGAUGGUUUGAAAUGGAUGGCAACGCAAAUCCAUGAAAAAGACCGUAAACAAAACAAUUCAACCACAGUAACAUCGUCUUGAUAUCGGUGCCUCAGUGGCAGAGUAUAAGCAGUUCAUCUACUGUAUGAAUAGCAUGUGACAAUGACUUGGGAGUUGCGCUUGACGUACUUAUUAAAUAUCAAUUAACCAGGGUCGUCAGCUAGUGAACAACUGAUACCCACAUGUAAUUUAACUUCGACAAUUUAACCAAGCUAAAUAGUAGAUACAUGAUACCAUGAUAUAAUUAUGAUUCAAAAUGGACAGGUCCGUUGUAGCUACAAAUUUGUAUUUCGAAUACCAGAAUGUUAUUCCCACGUACAGAAGCAAGAGAUUGUUUUGGAUGCAACCGUAGUGUAAUUCAAACAUAGUGGAACACUUAAUGGAGAAUGAAUGUUUCUCUGAUGGAAUUUACAUAUGCAGAAACGCGAACUUAUGUUUGGAUGCUACUCUUAUGUAUUUCAAACAUUCCUAAAUAUUUGUACAAUUCUGAUGUAAUCCCACAUGCAGGAAUCUAGGUUAAAAUGUGACGUGAAUGGUAUUUUUUUAGUAAUGCGUUUUUAAACAAACGAAACGCGGAUUUGUGUAGGAUGCUUCCCUGUUGUGAUUCAAACACGCCAAAUAUGGACUGAUGGAUGAAUACUUCGAGGAAGUAAAUCAAAUACACUGAAACAUGGGCUGUGAAUUGGUACUUACAACAUGCCAAUACGCAGGCAUGUGAAUGGUUACUACCAUGUGGAUUUAAACAUACCAAAAUAUGCUUAUGUAGUUACCGCUUUGGUUCACAGGAGAACUAAAAAAAAAGUUGAAACCACUGACGGAAACAUUUAU